AUGGCCGCGCUGGGAGUCGGUGAUAUUCUAGCCAUCACUUCGCUAGUGCUGCAGGUCGUCGCAGCAGUAGACAAGGUGAUUAAAGUUUUCGAGAAAGCACAAAAUGCGCCGUCCGAAUUAAGCCAGCUUCGGGUCUCGCUCGUGCGACUGUCGCGACAUUUUGAGAUGCUCCGAGCAGAACACGAAGCGACAGGAUCCUCACUCAUUCAUAAAGACGAUACAGACGAGAUCUACGUCACACUGCAAUGCUGUAAGGCAUUAUUUGAUGACUAUGACAGGGCGAGAGCAAAGACCGCUUUGCAUCAAGUGGCGUGGAGCACUCGGUAUAGCACUCAGCUUGCUCGGUACCAAGCCCGAGUGGAUCGGCAUUUUACCCAAAUCCUGCUGCCACUCUGGCUUACGACUAGCACUCUACAUAUUCGGACCACGGCUCAGACCGAGCUAGCGGUGCCCUCAAGCAGCAAAGGCAAGCAGCCCGAAGCUGUCUUUGAAAGGAAACCGUCCGUGGUCCCGUCGCAGCAUCUUGAUGAUUUAUCCCAGGGCAUCAAGCAGUUGGAAACAGACCUAGACAGAGAUCAUGUGGAGAGAACCUUGCAGUGGCUCGAUCAAACACUUCGAAAGUGCUGGUCAGAUUUGGGUCUCGACGUACAUCACUUGCCGGAAGUAGUCGCUUACCAGGAAUUCCGGAAUCGAUCCGUGUCGUACGAGACCGCACCAACAACUCUGAAAUUAGAAAAUGCUCCGAAAAAGCAUAAACGCCUUGACUUGGAACGAGUCCACGUUAUGGCCAGGGACAACGAAUCUCGCAUUUUGCUUUACCAAAAUCGAGAUGGUUCCAUCCAAGUCACACAAAUUGAAUCAUGUCUCAAGUUUCAGGAGACCCUGAGAGAGCGGAGGCACCUGGGUGCGUUUGACUUUGUUGAGCUCAAGUCAAAUGGUGUUGCAAUGGCUCGACGACAAGUUCUUAGGUUCUGGAGAAGAGAUAACCCCGAUGGGUCUCGGGAGUUGACGAUGACUUUCCUGGCGUCAUCUCUGAAUACCGGCCCCGGAAAGAGCCAUAAGGAGUACAACUUGGAAAACUACCAUCCAGAUGCCGAAUUUUAUUUUGAAACUGUUGAUGAGGCAAGAGACUUCAAAACGUUUUUCAAGAAUCUUUACGCCCUCGCCCCCCAGAUUGAUUUCCCGCGGGCUUCGGCCGCAUCUAUUGCUUCCAGCAACACUGGUCCUACGCCUUCGGAUGUCUAUUGGCGCGACGGCGCUCCGCCCCCACCUCCAAGUGAACUGAGCCUCGGCGAAUCGUAUGAUAACUCGUACUGGGAUCCUUUAUUCGCGCGGAGUCCUACACUCGUAUUGACAAGAGACGAUGAUGAUACCUAA